AUGAGCGGCAUCAAAGGGCCGGUGGUGGUGACCGGGGCGUCGGGUUUCGUCGGGUCAUGGCUCGUCAUGAAGCUCCUGCAGGCUGGGUACACCGUCCGGGCCACCGUGCGCGACCCUGGGAACGUCGAGAAGACGAAGCCAUUGCUGGAGCUUCCUGGAGCCAAGGAGCGGCUGUCCAUCUGGAAAGCCGACCUGAGCGACGAAGGCAGCUUUGACGAGGCCAUCGCGGGCUGUACCGGCGUCUUCCACGUCGCCACGCCCAUGGACUUCGAGUCCAAGGACCCCGAGAACGAGGUGAUCAAGCCGACAGUGGAAGGGAUGCUGAGCAUCAUGAGAGCGUGCAAGGAGGCCGGCACCGUCAAGCGCGUCGUCUUCACCUCCUCCGCCGGCACCGUCAACAUCGAGGAGCAGCGGAAGCCGGCCUACGACCAGGACGACUGGAGCGACAUCGACUUCUGCCGCCGCGUCAAGAUGACAGGAUGGAUGUACUUCGUGUCCAAGUCCCUGGCGGAGAAGGCCGCCAUGGACUACGCCAAGGAGAACGGCGUGGACUUCAUCAGCAUCAUCCCCACGCUCGUCGUCGGCCCCUUCCUCAGCGCCGGCAUGCCGCCCAGCCUGGUCACUGCCCUGGCACUCAUCACGGGGAACGAGGCUCACUACUCGAUCCUGAAGCAGGUGCAGCUGGUCCACCUGGACGACCUCUGCGACUCCAUGACCUACCUCUUUGAGCACCCGGACGCCAACGGCCGCUACAUCUGCUCCUCCCACGACACCACCAUCCACGGCAUCGCCAGGAUGCUCAAGGAGAGGUUCCCCGAGUACGACAUCCCGCAGAAAUUCCCGGGAGUCGACGACGACCUCCAGCCGAUCCACUUCUCCUCCAAGAAGCUGCUCGACCACGGGUUCAGGUUCAGGUACACCGCGGAGGACAUGUUCGACGCCGCGGUCUGGACGUGCAGGGAGAAGGGGCUGAUUCCGCUCGGAGCGGAAGGGGCAGCAGGCGGCAAGGCCAGCGCAACAAGCAAACUGGGAGCUGUUCUCGUGGGUGAAGGUCAGGCGAUUGGCGCUGAGACAUAA